CUCUGGUGGUCGUGUGUACACUUGCUUUAUCAUCUAAAUGAAAUAAACUCGAGAUCCGCUCGUUGAUGUCGUGGAGGCUGAAUCAUGUCUAACGCCCGUGGCGUAUUAUUUUACACAAAACUGCUGACUUAAUAAGAAAGUAUUAUUACGUGGAUAUUUGCUUACGUUGAUAUUUCAGGUGCUUUUCUCUCGAAAUUUUAGAGGAGACCUAGCUUGUUUGCCACACACCGUUUUCAUUCUGAGAUAACCCACCUAAAAUACACCUUUUUGCAAAUAAAAAUAUAUAGAAUAAAUAACACACACAUUCUGUCCUGCCACAUGCUUCGCACGUUUCCUGAUGUCUGAGAGAGCAUUCAGAGGAUGUCUUUCUGUGGCCCGGUCUCCUCAGCCGGAGUGGACACGCAGCAGCGGAGGGAGGGGUCUGAGCCGCUCCGCCAGACUAGAGGCUCGAUGCAGCCUGCGCCGAGUGAAGUCCGGCUGUCUCCAGACCGCGAUGGCUAUGGGUCUAACGUCGAAGAAAUCCUCUUCUAGAAACAGCGGCGUGGAACGCAAGAAUCUCCUCACCGUCUGCAGGUUCUCUGUGAAGACAUUGUUGGAAAAGUACACUGCAGAGCCUAUUGACGACUCAUCAGAGGAGUUCAUCAACUUUGCAGCAAUUUUGGAGCACAUCCUAAGUCAUCGUUUCAAAGGUCCAUGUGGUUGGUUCAGUUCAGAUGGCCAAAGGAGUUUCUGGGACUAUAUCCGUCUGGCCUGCAGUAAAGUCCACAACAACUGCAUCAGUAGCAUUGAGAGCAUUGAGAACAUUAGCACGUCACGAGCAAAGGCGAGACACUUUCAUCUUCAAGCACUCUAUCUUUACACUCCUGAGACGAUUAGCAUAGCAUGUGUUUUGUUUUGGAUGCUGAUGUGUGGAUUCAUUCCAUCCUGCUUCACUAGCAAAGCUUUAUCUGUAACUGUUUACUCUCCCGUUGUCCUACAGGGACAAGCCUGGAUUCGUGUAGCUUUGAUGGAGAAGCGUUUGUCUGAAUAUGUAGCCACUGCGUUGAGAGACACUCGUACAACCAGGAGAUUUUAUGAUGAUGGUGCCAUAAUGCUCAGGGAGGAGGCUACUGUUCUGACAGGGAUGCUAAUUGGACUCAGUGCCAUUGACUUCAGUUUCUGUCUAAAAGGAGAAGUUUUGGAUGGAAAGACACCUGCAGUGAUUAACUACACACCUUACUUAAAGUUCACCCAGAGCUAUGACUACCUGAGUGAUGAAGAAGACCGCCGCAGUGUGGACAGCAGUGCCAGUGAUGAGAGUGUAGCCGAGCAUCCUUACAUUCCUUUGGUCACAGACGAAGAGACCUGGAGCAACAAAUGCCGAAAGAUGGAGCAAAGAUUCAAGAUCGUCUAUGCCCAAAAGGGUUAUUUAGAGGAAUUGGUUCGCUUGAGGGAAUCCCAGCUGAAAAAUGUAGAAACUGAGAACAAGCGGCUUGAUGCUAAACUAGAGGAACUACAGGUCCAGAGUCAACAGGAGAAGAAAGAACUGGAGGCAAUUAUACUGGAGCUACAAGCACAACUCACUGGCAUCAUUCCCUGCGAAUCCUCUCAUUUGGCAAAAGGACUGUCUAUUCCACUCAUUAACCAAUGGACAACUGCACAAGCUGCCAACAACCAAGGAAAUGUAAAGCUGUUCCGUCGGAGAAGUUUUCACAGUUUGGACCUCUCAGUUGAUGCGAGUUUGAACUCUGACUCUCAGAAGGAAGACGGCAAUCAGAAUGGAGACACAGCCUGGUCAGCAGCUAAAGACAACACUCCCUCUAUGCUCGGUCUGUGUGGUUCUUUGGCUUCUCUACCCAGCUGUAAGUCACUGGCAAGUCUCAAGUCCAGUGAGUAUUUGGUCAACAUCAGCACAGAGCCUAGUCCUGCCCUGUCUCCCAGCUAGAGGGCGACAAAUUCUGAUCAACAAGACACUGUCAGUCUCAGAUGUACUUUCCUCCAAGAAACAUCACAACUGACCUACCGACAUCCUUCAAAGAUCCCAAUGAGCUGAAACAAUGUAUUAACUAUACAAGGUGUCUUAUCUGAAUUAGUUUUUUCGUCAAUUGUGAGAUCUUAAAAAUCCAUGAAUGAAAAACCCUCCAGCGCUCUCUCAUUUUCCUAUCUUUACUUGCCAGUUUGUUGUUCACUCUAUGUCUUCCACUCUUCGGUGCAGUCUUCAUCAGCAUGUUUGAGUGUCACUCCCUGAGCCUGAUAUUAGAGCCCAAAGACACCGCAGCUUAUCUCCGUUAGCUCUGAACCCAUCAGUCCUUGAAUUCCCAGCACCAAAUGCACAAGUAGAUCAAAGUGAUGCAUAAAACUCAAGACUUGGCAGUUAUUCAGUAUACAAUCUGAAAUGAACAUGAACAUAGAGAGUGGCACAUCUGGUCAUGUUAGCCACUGCUGAAUCUCUUAUUUAGAUGUAUUACCUUAUUCCUAUGCUUAUAAGCAAAAGAUACUAGGGAAUGAAAGAGAGAGACCAGGGAAGGGAGUGGACGAAAGCUGUUGCCUGUAUCUGCAUGUGAAAUGCGCUCUAUUCAGGCUGAAAUUGCCUCUGCUGACUUGAUGUACUUGCUCUUUUGACAGUUGUAUGAUUUGACUGGAAGUAACUGUGAGGGUAGUCAGCUAAAUUCAAAUCUUUUGUCAUAUUUCUCUUAUUGGUGUUGCGUCAUUUCUUGUGUUUCUUCAGUUACAUAAUUGUAUAUUUUGUUAUGCGGUGGCAGUGCUCUGCAGUUUUGAAUUGUAAUAAAUGAUAAUUUUGUUAUGUCAA